GAUCAGCGUAAACGAAUGGGAAACGACGGCAAAACGAAAUGAAAAAUUGUGCGUUUGCUUUGAAUUCGCCGUUGGGGGCGGAGUGUAAAGCGGAAUUAAAUAAUAAAUAGCGUGGCACUCAAAACACCAAAAGCAAACGGAGCGUGUAUAUGUGCGAAAAGAAAAUAAACAAAGAAACUAACAAAAAUAUCGGACAUUAUAAAGCAAGAGAAAUAAAAGUAAACAGCAAGAGAGACGAUAGAAAAAAAGAAAAAGCGAAAAAGGCAAACCAUGGUAUACUCCAUUAAGAACACCGAGACGGGAGAGUUGGAGUAUUUUUAUGCCGAGCCCCAGGACACAGCACGCAUCAAGCAACUCCAAUACGAUGAGGAAACUGGCGAGCCUGUCCAUGGACAGGUGAAGGUUCGCUAUCGAAAGCAUGGACACUUUCAUGUGCCGAAGCACUACUUGCAGGGCACACUCUGCGAUCAGGUGGACAAUGUCCUGACCAACAGAUAUCAGCGCGAUCUGGACAUUACAGUGACACAUGGCUCCAACCUAAAGCGGGCCGAGAAUUCCAAACCGAAAGCAAAGCCGGGCUACGAGCGUGAGGAUUAUAUCCAAAUGGAUUGUGUCAGCAGCAAUAUCAUAUUGGGCUAUGAGCGCAACCAUUGUCUGCUGUUUCUCAUACCAACGCUCUUCUGCCACAAUUUGUUCCUCGCCAUAUUGAUGGCCUUGCUGGAAAUCGGACUCCACAUGCUGUCCCACUACAAGAAUGGCUUGACGAUGCACAAGAAUCUGCACUUUCGCAGUCCCAUGCAUGUGUUGACCUCACAGUUCUGUGCAAUCUGUCGCACAGAAACCGACAGCCAAUUCAAUCGCAUCUUCGAUAUUUUGAAUGAACAAAUGAGGAAAUCCCAUAGAUCCGGUACAUUGAAGAACAUAAGUAAGGCCAUUGGCUAGGAGCCAGCACGCAGAGAAUGCUUUUUCACAAUUUAAUUAAAAAAUAUAUACAUAUGUAUGUAGUAAACACCACGAUGUCCAAAAUAAAUGCACAACUGUAUUGUAUCACUUUA